CAAGCCAACAUGAAACAGCAGCCACAUUCAGAAAAUGAUUUAUAUGUACAUUACUUUUAAUAAUAAUCCCUUGACCUUGCUAUCUAAUGAGCACAUUCACGUGAUACUAAAAUUGGGGAUCACACCACAUUUAACUCCCUGAGGACAGAUUUAGCAAAACUGCAACCCCAGACAAUCAUUGAACGCUGUAAGACAUUUCAGCUCACAGCUUUGGGCUAUGAACCCUUUCUGUUUUAGGGGAGCUCAGUAGAAUAGAAAUCCUAGGGCUCUAGAAUGUUAUCAGACAACAAUAAUUACUUAGUUACCAUAACAACCUAUUGUUGUCAAUUUACUGUCUUCCAUCUUCCACUGUAGGAGGCAGAAGGUUUAGGUAUUUGGUUUCAGAACAUGUAUUUUUGACUAAAACAUGCAUAACAACGAGUCCUGUUAGCACCAUGACUAUCGGGAUUUUUGGCACGUGGGACCAUCAGUUCAACGCCACUGAGCAAGCACUCACAGACAAGAUCAAGAACAACCCUUGCUAUCCAUUCACUACAGUGAAGGACGUGUUUGUUCUUGAAUACCUGCAUGAAAACAUCUGGAAAGGUUCACUGCUACUGAUCGCCUCCACCAUUGGAACUGCCUGUUACAUGAACAUGGAGUUUGGGGACCAUCACAAGUAUACUGGGUUCCUGGUGUUCAGCAUGUGUCUCUCUCUGUGGCUGGUCUGUUCCGGGGCCUUCCGCCGGCGCCUGGUGAUCGAUCACAAGAAGAAGGAGUACCGCUACUACAUCCACACACACCUACGCCACAGGGGCCCCUUGCACCAGAUCUACAUACGCAUGAUAGCGCAGAAGAGUGGACAGGUACUGCUGAUGUACAAGCUGAUGCUGAAUGGAUACAAGAUUGAUGAGAGGGAACUCAGUGGCUUCUCAGAGAAAUAUGAGCUCUUGGAGUGCCAGGGCAGGAGGAUAGCGACGAAACUCAACCUCAAUUACUUUGACUACCAGGACACUUCUAAACGCCACCUUGUCAUCCACAGGCCCAAAAUCAUCCUGUCUGCUAACAAUGAUCGCAACAAUCCACCUGUCUGAGGAUGAGGAAGUUCCUCUGUGAUCAAUCACGUGGUGCUGUCAGUGUCCCUGCCAUGUUGCCUUUACCCUAUCCAUAUUCCAUAAACAGACCAAAUUUAAAUAUUGUGUUUCUAACUGUAAUCAAAUGUCUCUGCAUGUCUUUUUCAUGAUAGUUUUCUGAAAUAUCUCUUGAAAUCUUUGAUUUGGUCUUCGACAACCAAGUCUAUCAAAUCAUGUUGCCAUCCCUAAUAUUCUGCUUCCACUGUGACUGCUCUUUCCACAUUGCAACAUAGAACAGUAAGAAUCCUUUAACACCAACACAGUUCUUGAGAAUGUAAGAAUGAAACUAACAAUGUUUUACUAGCCAGAUCCCGCCUUCCUUCUAGAAUGACCCAAUGAAAAUACAGAAACAGACAUUCACGUAAAUUAACAGGGCCAGUGUGUAUAUCGCAGCGCGUUCUAAGGCACUGCAUCUCAGUGCUUGAGGCGUCACUACAGACACCCUGGUUCGAAUCCAGGCUGUAUCACAUCUGGCCGUGAUUGGGAGUCCCAGCUGUGCACAAUUGGCACAGCGUCGUCCGGGGUAAGCCGUCAUUGUAAAUACGAAUUUGUUCUAAACUGACUUGCCUAGCUAAAUAAAGGUUAUAAAAAAUAUAUAUAAUCAGGGUUGCCAUGUUCGUGAUUUUCUAGCCAAUUGGGCUACUUUGAAAACGAUGUCGCUGGUGAAAAUCUAUUUGUGGGGGCAGAGUUUUGGAAUACUUCUAAAUUGCACUGCGGCCGCCAUGGCAUUUAUCUUAAAAAUCUAUUAAUACAGUAUAUUUCAUUGUGACCUGCUGCUGCUGACUAUCAGGCAGUGACUAGGCUGUUAGAGUGAGUGGUGUGGAGGGGGAGGGCCAGAGGGGUGUGUGUGUGCGUUGAGAGCACUGGUUGUGAUAGUGCUGCUGCAGAGGCAGCACUAUCACCGCGACAGAGCUACACGUCAUGACAACUUUUUACCAGUUGUAGGUAGGCUAUUUAGAUAUGUCUUUAUGGAGACAUCCUUUUUCCAUAAAACAUAUUAGCGCGUUAGAACUUACAUAACGGCAACAAAGCAUUGGAAAACGACUUCAUCUGCAUUGUUUGGGGUUUUAGGCUGGGUUCCUGUAUAGCACUUUGUGACAUCUGCUGAUGUAAAAAAGGGCUUUAUAAAUACAUUUGAUUGAUUGAGAUACAUUCUAAAUUGCAUUCUAAUGUCGGCUUUUCUCAUGGAUAACCGUAUCAAGCUAAGGGUUUUACUCAUGCUCAGUUCUAGGGUUUGAAAUUGAAGUUAUGGAACUUCCUCGCGUGCUUCUGUUAUGGGGAAAAAGUCCACAAUGAAAAUGACAUUAAAUGUGGAGAAUGAUAGGGGACAUUUGCAUUUGUUGGCCAUCAAGUAGGGUAUUAAUUGAUAUGGCAUUGUAGGGUAUAGCCUACCAUUUGAUACAAUACAUGUGUUGAAUUUACGAUGUCAAUGGAGUCAUUGCAAAUCAAUUUGUGCCACUUGUGCAGCCCACCUGGAGCUGGUAAACGGUUUUAAUAAAUUGCCUAUAACUCAGAUUAUUGUUGUAGCCUUGUGUUAUUAUGCCAUUGUUAAUGGCCAUAUUUGGUUAAUUCAUUUGGAAGUCAUCAAUUGUGAUCAUGGUCACAGCUCUAUCGCAAAUGUAUCAUUCUCCACAUUUAAUGCCAGUUUUUGUGGACUUUUCCCUGAAAUUAGAUGUCUGCCUGACAGGGGCUAUAGGCUACCUGCAUCUAGCUCAGCAAACCAUUGCAAAGUUGAAUUGCAAUUAUAAACCCAGAUUUUAGUCAAUAGCCUAUGCCUAUUGAAAUAAAAAGACUCCCAAUCACGCCCGGAUGUGAUAAAGCCUGGAUUCAAACCAGGGACUGUAGUGUCGCCUCUUGCACUGAGAUGCAGUGCCUUAGACCGCUGCGCCACUCAGGAGCCCAGCCAAGAUAA